AUGCUUCUCAUAAGCCGUGAUUUGAGCUACUGUAAGACAGACGACGUAUAUAAACUACGCAUACAUUGUCAUUUAUCUCCGUUUGAAAGCGACAUCGUGUGGAAGAGAUCGCUACUACCGCUACUGCCAUCAAUCAUUUUGAUUAUGUCAGCGACAAACUCAAUUUCGGCUAGUGAAUUAGCCGAACAAAACGCAGAGGAUACGUAUGAACAAUACGAAAAGUAUUUUCAUGCUGGAAGUGGCGGUAAACAACGUAGUAAAGUAGAAGUUGCCAUAAACUCACAACGUUAUGACGCCGGCGGCGAUACGCGAAAGAUUGUUACGGCGAUGUUCAAUAAUGAAAAGAAUCGUCAACAUGGACAUAAAUGA